UUGUGCGCCCAUCUCAAUGCUGUGAUUAAGACGCUGCUGCACUGCUCUGCUACUGCAUAUCCCUCAAAAGGCUAAGUCUGUGUGAUGGUGCUUAGGAGACAGCUAACCAAAAACCAGAGGCACUGACGGAACCAGAAAGUGGGACUCCAGAACAAACUGACAACGCUAACGGUCCACCCACAGAAGAGGAGACUAACCUAGAAGAGAGUCCAGUUAUGAACUUCUUCAAAAAUUUAAAUUUAACGGUGACUGUCCCUUCCCUUGUUCGGCAGAUGUCAUCCACUAAAACGUCCAAAAAGGAAACUCCUGAAGUCCCAAAGGAUCAGCGGCAGAGGGAGAACCAGUCCGCGCCAACCACCACUGUUGUACAAGUGUCUGAUCCUCCUGCAGCUUCCAAGGGAAUGGUGAUCCCACCACCUCCUCCUCCUCCAGAGCUUCCGAAACUGGAAGUCAAAGCAGAGCCAAGUGGCAAACCAGCCAAACCCACCAUCUCAAAAGAAAAAACAAAAGUUGCGCCAAAGAGUGUGGAAUCUUCUAAAGGGAAGUCAACCAAAGAUGUUCUGAGCAAAUUCUUCCGUCCAAAGAAGGUGGAUCCUUGUAAAGGUGGGACUCUCGAGGCCUCUGCCAAGCCAGAACCGCCAGCUCUGGUUCACGAGGAGAAGAAAACACCAUCAAAAUCACCCUUCUUCUCUUUGUUCAAGCCUAAAGCUAGUGACCCCAAGAAGGCAAGCCCUGCCCCUGCCAAAGCAGCAGACGCACCUCCCACAGUAAAGGUCAAAGAGGAAUCCAAAGCAGCGGUCAAGUCUUGCGAGGUGAUCAUAGACGACAAAGUGGCCUCGGUGGCCCCCAAAGCUGUCGACAGUGCUGCCAAUGCGGCCCGGAAGUCAGAGAAGAGGAACUCCAUCCAGCUCUUCUUGAAACAUCUGGGCCAGAAACGUCACUCGACAGACGCCGGGGUCCAGACCGAGCCAGUGACCGUGGCUCCAGCAGCCAAAUGAAAUCAGAAUCAACACUGAAGUUCUGCUGUAUAUGCUCCCCUCUGUCUUUAUUUUUCUCUUUGGCUCAUGCCUCCAUUUUGCAGAACCAUCAUAUUAAUAAUUGCUUGUUUUUUGUCCAUUUAGCAGGUUAAAGGUUAAUACAACUCUGGAGGGGGGAACGAAAGUGAAUAUGAACAGAGUGCAGGUAGUUGAAGACAUAGAGAUUUUAAAAUCUUCUGCUUAGUGACAAUGUGGAGGUCGACGUUUGGUCAAAUUACGGAGUUGACACAUGAAAUGGAAUUACAAGUAGCUUUAUUUGCACUAACAAAAACCUUUUACAGGAUCCACUAGCACACUUUGCUUCUUGUUGGUUGGUGGCAAACUGAAACCUUCCUUUGUUGUUAUUGUGUCAACGUAAAUUUGUAUGCGCUUGACAAACUAGACUGCACUUAGAGAUGAUAUGUUAUGUUUAUGUAAGCUGUUCAUAGAUAUUGACACCAUAUAUUGGACCCUUGAAAUAAAUCACAAUCGUUACUAUGUCCGGAAAUAAUUGUAAGCUUGAAAAAUAACAAAUUCACGUGGGAAUGAAAUACAAAUUACAACUGAUCCCAUACUCAAUGUGCUGUUGCUUCUUUGUAAACUGUCAAUUAAUGACUGUCUUGUGGCAUUUUCUUGUGCAAGUAAUGGUGUGCUUUUGUCUGCUUGACUCGUAACUUCCU